AUGACCAACAAGCUGAUCAACAAGGGUCGACCUCCGCAACACCCUCAGCCACAGUCGUGGCAACAAACGAAGAGAGAACCACGGCCAGACGAGUACGUGGCCAAACAUACGGCAUUCACCGAACCUAUCUACAAACUCCUCAACAUCAUCGGUAAACUACCAUUCUUUGUUUGGCGAACAGUACUCUUAGGCACCGUCGGGAGUGGACCAGGGAUGUGUACGUAUCACAAGGAGCGUGGCCACUAUACUACACAAUGCCAACCUUUCAAACGGUAUCUAGAAGAUCUUGCAGCCGCUGGGCAUCUAAAUCAGUGGAUUGACAUUCGGCGAAGUUCACUUCCUCCACCUCCACCGAUCAUCGGCAAUCUCGUAAGCAUUAUACAAAGGCCAGUUUCCGAAGAUAGGGCAGCCGAGCUUCAUUUAGAAAUUGACAGAGCCGUCACCUCUUUACCUGUUUGCAACGUUGGCAUUUCGGGAAAGCGAAAAUGGGAAGAUCCGAGCCUCGGCAACCCUAUUACUUUUACGUCUGACGACCUGAAAGGUGUGCAACUCCCUCACACGGAUGCCCUCGUUGUUACUAUUAUUAUUGAUAGAUCAAUCGUUCAGCGGGUGUUGAGAGAUUAA